UUUACGUGCAGUAAUCCGCACACAGGCGUUAGUUCAUUUUGUCCAUCAAUAUGACAUACUGUGCAUUAAACCAAUGUGGAUCUCCAGCAUUCGAGUGAGGCUUCCGCCCCCUCUGCUAUCUCAAGUUUUUUUUGUUGAUUGAUUGAAACAGAUGCCAAUGUUGCCAUAGCUUGCUUUACCGAACUUGGUACAACACCGGUUUAGGCAUGCCUCUGGCUCGCAGCCUGUCCAUCACCUCCCUGUCGGGGUUGGAGGAGUGGGAUGAGGAGUUUGACCUGGAGGACGCUGUCCUCUUCGAGAUCGCAUGGGAGGUGGCCAACAAAGUUGGUGGGAUUUACACAGUGAUCCAGACCAAAGCCCGUCUGACAGCAGAGGAAUGGGGAGAAAACUAUUUCCUGGUUGGUCCGUACGUGGAGAGUAACGUCCGCACCCAGGUGGAGCUGAUCGAGCCCACCAACCCUGCCCUUAAGAGAGCCAUAGACAAGAUGAAUUCCAGUGGAUGUAAGGUGUACUUUGGUCGUUGGCUGAUUGAGGGCAGUCCAUACGUGGUGCUGAUAGAUGUGGCGUUCACUGCCUGGAACCUGGAUAAGUGGAAAAAAGAGUUGUGGGACAACUUCUCUAUCGGGGUGCCCUGGUUCGACCGCGAGGCCAACGACGCCGUCCUCUUUGGCUUCUUGACCGCCUGGUUACUAGGAGAGUAUGCAGCGCAGUGUGAGGAGCCUCCCCAUAUCCUGGCCCAUUUCCAUGAGUGGCUGGCAGGCCUGGGCCUGGCGCUAUGCAGACAGAGACAGUUGCCCGUGGCAACUAUCUUCACCACCCACGCCACCCUGCUGGGACGUUACCUGUGUGCCGGCAGUGUGGACUUCUACAACAACCUCGCCGAUUUCAACGUGGAUAAGGAGGCGGGGGAUAGACAGAUCUACCAUCGGUAUUGUCUGGAGCGGACCGCGGCGCGCUGCGCUCAUGUCUUCACCACCGUCUCUCAGAUCACAGCCGUUGAGGCAGAGCACCUGCUCAAGAGGAAACCAGACAUAAUCACCCCUAACGGGCUGAACGUGAAGAAGUUCUCUGCCAUGCAUGAGUUCCAGAACCUGCACGCCCAGAGCAAGAACCGUAUCCAGGAGUUCAUCAGAGGUCACUUCUAUGGGCACCUGGACUUCAACCUGGACAAGUGUCUGUUCCUGUUCAUCGCUGGGAGGUAUGAGUUCAGCAACAAAGGAGCUGAUAUCUUCUUGGAGGCUUUGGCCAGACUCAACUAUCUACUGAGAGUCAACCACAGCGAUGUGACUGUCGUUGCGUUCUUCAUCAUGCCUGCGCGGACCAACAACUUCAACGUGGAGACGCUGAAAGGCCAAGCAGUCAGGAAGCAGCUCUGGGAUACCGCUCAAACAGUGAAAGAACGCUUCGGAAAGAAACUUUAUGAAUCACUGCUGGUUGGGCAGUUGCCGGACGUGUCCAAGAUGCUGGACAAGGACGACUUCACCAUGAUGAAGCGUGCCAUCUUUGCCACCCAGAGGCAGUGCCAGCCUCCCAUCUGUACCCACAACAUGCUGGAGGACAGCAACGACCCCAUCCUCACUUGCAUUCGCCGCAUCGGCCUGUUCAACAGCUCUGCCGACCGCGUCAAGGUGAUCUUCCACCCAGAGUUCCUGUCCUCCACCUCUCCCCUCCUGCCGAUGGAUUAUGAAGAGUUUGUAAGAGGCUGCCAUCUUGGAGUGUUCCCCUCUUACUAUGAACCAUGGGGAUAUACACCAGCUGAGUGUACAGUCAUGGGGAUCCCCUCAAUCUCUACCAACCUCUCUGGGUUUGGCUGCUUCAUGGAGGAACACAUAGCUGAUCCCUCAGCAUACGGAAUCUACAUCCUUGAUCGACGGUACAGAGGGGUUGAUGAGUCAUGUAACCAGCUCACAUCGUACCUGUUCCAGUUCUGUCAGCAGAGCCGGCGCGCCAGGAUCAUCCAGCGGAACCGCACCGAGCGCCUGAGUGACCUUCUGGACUGGAGAUAUCUGGGCAGGUAUUACAUAUCAGCUCGUCACAUGGCCCUGGCUAAAGCCUUCCCGGAUACCUACUUCUACCAACCUCAUGACUCUGAGACUGCCCAAGGUUUCCGUUACCCUAGACCGGCCUCUGUGCCCCCAUCUCCGUCUCUGUCGCGCCACUCCUCCCCCCGCCAAAGCGAGGCGGAAGAAGAUGAUGACCGCUAUGACGAAGAUGCAGAGGCAGAGAAAGACCGCUUGAACAUCCGCCAGCCCUUGACCCUGCCUAGUAAAAAGGGUCCCGCCUUGCCUUACACCCUGCCAGGUGCCAACGGAGAGAAAAACGGAGCCGCCAGCGUGAAAAACUGACUGUCUCACACACACAACAUACACAAACGUACAUAUGCUGACACUCACCACACAACAUACAUGUUACAAACACGGCACUCUUAUCCUGACCGUCUCCACUUCCAUAAUAUAGAUCUGACAACUGCUGAAGAGAUGAGCUCUUACAGAAUGUUAUUCAUCCAGCAGCCAGAACGUCUUCCAAACCUACAUGCAGCUCCGCCUCUGGGCAUCCUGUCCUGACAUGGAGGAGGAGAGGGAAAGGAUGGCAAGCCCGGUGACGUUUCCUUGAGUUAAAGAGCCCAGCUUUGAGAUAACAAAGUGGGGUAACUUGGAGUAUAUAGGAGGGUUACCUCUGGUCAUUAAUCUAGGUUACCUCUGGUCCACAGGAGGCUGCUGAGGGAGGAUCAGCUGGAAUAAUGACUGAAACCAUGUGUUUGAUGUAUUUGAUAUCAUUCCAGGUAUUCUGCUCCAGCCAUUACCAUGAGCCCGUCCUCCCCAAUUAAGGUGCCACCAACCUCCUGUGCUCUGGUCCUUAAUCUAGGAAUUUAUGAAAUCCUUGCCAGUGUAGACUAACAUGAGUUGUAACUGAGGCUAAGAUAACCGUAUCAUCAGGAUAAAGAAACUAGGGCUAAUUAGUCUUGCUAACAAGGGCAAAGGCAUUGGCCCACUAUGUCAUAGUCGGGGCGGCAGGGUAGCCUAGUGGUUAGAGCGUUGGACUAGUAACCGAAAGGUUGCAAGUUCAAAUCCCUGAGCUGACAAGGUACAAAUCUGUCGUUCUGCCCCUGAACAGGCAGUUAACCCACUGUUCCUAGGCCGUCAUUGAAAAUAAGAAUUUGUUCUUAACUGACUUGCCUAGUUAAAUAAAGGUAAAAUAAAAAAUAAAUAAAUAAAUAGUCACACAACCUACCCAACAGCGGCAAUUAUCCUGUUCAGACACUGUAGCAGUAACAGAAACCUGUUUAAACAGCAGCAGUACUUUUCCUGUCACACUGUAGCAGUAACAGAAACCUGUUUAAACAGCAGCAGCACUUUUCCUGUCACCCUGUAGCAGUAACAGAAACCUGUUUAAACAGCAGCAGCACUUUUCCUGUCACCCUGUAGCAGUAACAGAAACCUGUUUAAACAGCAGCAGUACUUUUCCUGUCACACUGUAGCAGUAACAGAAACCUGUUUAAACAGCAGCAGCACUUUUCCUGUCACACUGUAACAGCAACCCAACAAGCAGCAGUACUUCCCUUGGCUAGGAAACCAAUAAGUGACACAUUUAGAGCUGGGCCCAUAGAGUUAGACUAGAUAGAUGUACUGUAUAUAGCCUGUUUUCUGCAUGGACAUUGCCAUUGAGGGCUUCUACCACAGGUACUAAGAUGAGUCCUCUUUCUAACUCUAUGGCUGAGCCUCAGAACGUCCUGCUGAAGAGCCUCCUGCUGAAACAGGCUCCCAUUCGUUCAGAGAUUCAGACCUUUCUGUGGGUGUCGUCGUCUUCUCUGGGCCUUGUACUGUAUUAGAACCGGCAUUACUGUGUGUAGAAACUGUCGAUUGGUCACCUUUUAACCUUUCAGUCAGUGAGCCUGUGUUUGAGUGUUUUUCUUUGUGUGUGUGUUUGUGAUGGAACACUGAUUCUGCCUGCACUCGGAGGUUUAGGUAAAAGGUGGGGCUUCCGUCCUGAGAAGCUAGUGGUGUUUUUAGACGACAGACUGUAUUAGAGAGGAGGAAGGGAAAAGGUCACAGGUUUGGGUGGAUCCUAUUCCCAGCUGUGCACAGCCAGAUAACGAGAUGAGUUGAUCCAGAUCCCACACUGCUGUCAGUUUGUUUGUGUUACAAUCACACACCAGAGGAGGAGAAAAUAAAGUCUAUUCUAUGUAUUAAUGAUGAAA